AUGGCGCCUCAGGCGGCAGGCUUGCGCCUGCUGCUCGUUCCCUGUGCAUUGCUCCUAGUCCUCCAUUUCUACCCUAUUUCCGUCGCCGCUACUCGUGCGCUAUUCCGGUCCCACCAUGUAGACACAUCGACACCCGUCGCGAAGUCGCAGCCCGUCGUCGGCGCGUCGCUCUCGAGCGACGUUCCGCCGGACAUGGUGCGCGCGGAGCUGCAGGCGACGCUGCAGUCGUUCGCCACGGCGCUGCAGGCCAACAGGACCGCAGACGCCGCCGCGAUCUUCGCGCCCGAGGUCUGGCUGCUGCCGCCGGGCAAGCCGGCGACGAACCUGUCGGAUCCGGACAGCCAGGCGGCGUUUCUCGGCUCGCUCAAGGCGGCCGGCGCGCGCAUCGCGCUGACGAUCUCCGACAUGCUGCUGGCGAAGAGCGCCGUCGCGAACCCCGCUGAGAACAGCGACGCGGCCAACGCGGCGACGAGCCUGGUGUACGUGGUGAUCAGCCCCAAGGGCAAGGUGCUCACGGUCGGCAAGGCCAUCGUCGUGUGGACUGCCGGCAGCAAGGAGGUGGACGCGGCGGGGGAUGCUCCGGGCAUGGAAGGCAAGAAGAAGAAGGGCGGCAAGUGGAAGCUCACGUGGGCCAUGUGGAACGACGACAUCGCUAAGAACGACCUCCACGCGCCACUCUCGCGGUUCCUUUCCGGCGCUUCGGACUCCGCCUCCGCGCAAGUCCCGCUCAAUUGCGCGCGAAGCUCCGCGGAGACCGUGUCACGCGCGGGGACGGCGGAGGCGGUGAUGGGAGGGGGGAGAUCGGCGGUGGUGCGGCAGCUGCAGCAGCAGGCGGAGGACCUGUCGGAGGCCGUGGCGAGCGGCGACUGCGCGCUGAUCCAGGGCUCGCUCAGCCGGGAGAUCACAUUGCUGCCGCCGCACGAGCCCCCGCGCACGAUCACGCGGCUCGAGGCGAUGAAGCAGCUGUUCCAGGGGCUGGUGUACGAGGGGUUGACGCUGAACCUCAUGGUGGACGACGCCAUUCCCUUCCGCCUCCUCAACCCCUCGCUCGCCCUCGGCGAGGCAAAGCCGCUCCGCAGCGAUGCGGGCCGCGUGGCUCUGUCGCGCGGCACGUUCCUCCUCUCGAACGUCACCAGCGGCGACGUCACGGCGCACGGCACGGUCAUGCUGCUCUGGGUGCCGGUCCCCGAGCCCUCGCUCUCCGCGUCCCUCCGCGACCCCCCCCUGCGCUUCGCCGUGCAGUGGAUCAUGUACUCCGCCACUCCGGGCAAGCCGCCCGCCCCCCCGGCUCCGCCCUCGCUGCACUCCCCUGCGCCCGAGGACCACGACGCGCGCGAGGUGGGACCGGCGGAAAGCUCUUUCCUGGGCGUCGCAUCGUCCUCGGCGGAACAGUCGGCGCUGCGCGACCCGUCCGCGGAGGAGGUGCGGCCGUUCGUGCUGCGCAAGGUGCGCGACUUCCUCUCCGCGCUCGCCAUCAACGACUCCGCCGCCGCCGCCACCGUCUUCGCGGCCUCCGCCGUCGUGCUCGCGCCGGGCAGCCCGGGGAAGGUUCUCGAGUCAGACGAGGCGAAGCGCGCGUUCGCGCAGCACCUCGCGAACAAGCGACUCGAUAUAGAGACGACGCUGACGGAGCUGGUCGUGGGGUCGAGCGAGGACCCGUCCUUUGGCGAAAUUGCGGCGGCGAGCGGCGUCGAUUCGGGCGCGCGCAACAACGACUUGCAGCUGCUGCUGACGCGGUUCGAGUACACGGCCAACAAGGCCAACGGCGGCGUUGCCGACGCGGGCAAGGUCGUCGCCGUGUGGGUCGGGGUGGGAAAACUCCCGUUUGAAGCGGACUCGAUAGAAGGCGCAGCAGCGGGCGUGCAGUCGGACCCCAUCAACUGGAAGCUCUCCUGGCUCGUCUGGAACUCCGACCCCGCCCCCUCCGCCAACCGGGAAAACUCCGCCGAUGCGGAAGGCUCCGCGGCUUCCGCAAUCUCCGCCGUGGUUCCGCCGGCCGUGCGCGACCCCAAGCCCGGCCCCGUGCGCGAGCAGCUGCAGGCGCGCCUGGCGGUGCUGGCGGACGCGCUGGCGCUGGGGGAUGCGGAGACGGCGGAGGACGUGCUGGUGGAGGGCCCCGUGCUCGCGCUGCCCGCGGGCGCGCGGGAGACGCUGGCGGUGACCGCGGAGGAGAAGCGCGCGCUGCUGCAGUCGCUUGUGGCGGCCGGCACGCUGCUGUCCCUACCCAUCAGCGGCGUGCGCCUGGCGGACUUCGCGUUCCCCAAGCCCGCGCCCGCGCAGCCCAACGAGGACCUGCUCUACGCGCUCUCCUGGGGGGACUACUCCGCCUCCGCCAACGGCUCAGAGACGGCGUCGGGGUCGCUGUUCCUGCUGUGGAAGCGCGAGCAGCGCAAGGUGAUCAACGGGAGUGCGGGCGUGGAGAGCAAGGGGCGGUGGGUGUACGGCAUCGCGUGGGCCAUGUGGACCUGCACCCCCGCCAAGCCAACCCCCCCGCCCUCACUCCAAACCCUUGCCACACCUGCCGCUGACUCCGCCGCCACUGCUGCUGCUGCUGCUGCUGCCGCCUCCUCCGCGCCUCUCUUGCGCUCCGCCCCGCACCCAGAGGACGUCCGCCUGGACGUCGCAUCGCUCCUCCCGCGCCUCUCCACCGCCAUCGCGAGCGCGCAGGACAACGCGUCGUCGCUGCUCGCGCUGCUGGCGCCGUGCCUGACGCUGCUGCCUCCGAACUCGCCGCUGCUGCCCGCGGUGUGCGGCGAUGAGCGCGUGCGCGCAGUGGAGGCGUGGGCGGGCACGACGGUGCAGCUGAACCCCGUGGACGUGCAGGUCGUUGAAACGGUUCCCGGCAAGAAAGGGGCCGCGCGGGCACUUUGGGGAGCUGUGACGGGUGAGGUGGACGAUGCAGCGGAAGGCGCGGAGUGGGGAGUGGAGGGAGUGGAGGGAGGGAACGGGUGGGUGGAGGAUGCGGCGGUAGAUGCUGAUGUUGAUGUUGAUGCUGAUGUUGACGGAGAUGCUGGGCGGGUGGUGGUGGGCGAUCCCAAGGGACACGUGGCGGUGGUGGUGCGAGUGAGCUACGUCAUUCUGUCGGAGGACGGCUUGCAUCUGCUGGAUGCGGGCAAGGGCAUCCAGGUGUGGGAGCAGCUGCCACAGCAGCAGGUGCAGCUGCAGGGCAGAAGCAGCAGCGGUGGCGGAGCGGUAUGGGCGCUCACCACCUUCGCCUGGAACUCCAACGUCGCCUCUGCUGAUGCUGCUUCCCGUGCUACUGCUUCAGAGGCAGCAUUCGAGGUGGGGGUGCCAGUGGAGUCGAAGGCUGCAGCUGUGACUGGGGGAGGCGAGGCGAAGCAGCUGCAGGCGGCGGUGGCAGCAGCAGCGGCGGCAGUGGGCAACGGCAGUGUGGCGGAGGUGCUGCGCUUGCUCUCCCCCUCUGGCGCUGCUGUCAUGCCGCCCCACCGCCCGCUGCUGUGGAUCGAUGCUGCCUCCCUUGACAACGCCCGCGCUGCCCUGCAGCCACUGGCAUCACUAGGCUGCACGCCCAAUGCCUCUCUGGACUCCGUGGCUCUGCUGCGUGCCCUCGACUCUUCCUCCCUAUCUCUCUCCGCCGCCCGCUCACCGCUCGCCAGCCACCACCACCAGGCGCUCGCACUUACCACUGGCAACUUCUCCUGCACACCUGCUCCGCAUCCUGGCCCCGCGGUGGCAGGCAAGGCCAAGGCUCACUACGGCAGCUUCGUGGCCCUGUGGGAGCAGAGCGCAGGCAAGGCUGCAGUGGAGCAGCACAGCAGCGGCAACAGCAUGCCAUGGUCACUGCAAUCCGACAAGCGCCCCUGGAUGGUCAAGUGGGUGCUCUGGAGCAACACUGCCGCCCCCCCUGCUCCUGCUCCUGCGCCUGGUCCUGCUGUGUCUGCCACCAUGCCUGCUAUCUUCCUUGCCACUUUGUAG